GAAAAAGCCUAUGCAAGCAAAACUUAGCUUUCAGUUCGCUUUUGUUAUCAUUGAUUUUUCUAUCAUUUUUACGUCCGGCGAGUAAGAAAGAUUGCGAAAGAAAUUUUGGCAUCGACUGCCUUACGUUAGUAACGAAUUAACAUGACUGCACUGGAAGCUUCAAACAUGGCGGACGCGCUCCAGGGUCAACCGAGCAAAACAAAAUCUAGAAAAGCUAGCCUUGGACUUACUUCGACCCGAAGCUUUUUCGUCAAGAAACCACCCCAAGCUCCCUUAAAUCAGCAGUCAGGAUAUGACAGUCUUAGACUGAGAAGUGGCAGUACAAUUCGGGACGAAGAGUUUUCAGAAGAAGCAGAGCUCAAACAAAACAGCCAAGGGGAAAUUGUUAAUUUGGAGAACACAUAUCGUGUGGGACCCGACCCGGCGAAGAAAUUCUCUCCCGUUGCUGCUAAGAGAAUUGCAGAAGAAGUGUUGGCCAAUAGACUCGCAAAUGUGAGCUACGAUCCGAAUUUGUGUCGAGAUUUAACACUGCAAAUCUCGGAAGAAGUAAAAUCUCAAGUCAAACUGCUCGGCUUCGAUCGAUACAAGAUCGUGUGUGUGACGCACAUCGGUCCGAAGAUGGGCCAAUCGAUUCGGAUCGGAAGUUUGUGCUGUUGGGACGAGAAAGCCGACAACUUUGCAGAAUGUAGCUUUAUUAACAACUCUCUGUUUGCUGUGGUCUUAGUAUUUGGCGUAUAUCAAGAAUAAAUACAACAAUCACAAUAUGUGACAAUACUUGAGGUGAUUUGAUAUAGCGUGAAGAAUUACUAUCGGUGUUAAGAUAAAAGUUUGCUACCACAAGAAGCCAAUUCUAUUCUUAUUCUGGAAAUUCAUGACAUCCUCUCUCUAUAUAUGAAGAGUAUGCCAAUAAUCUUGGACAAAAAUAAAGGUGACAUAAAAAAGCCUCUUUCUAAAAUCAUAAACGAAGCCUUAUAAAAGCCGCUGACGCGAUAGAAUCCCAUCAUUGAAAUGGAAGAAUGGCGGGUUAAGAGUCUUAAAUUCGAUAUAUUUUGUCCCAGACUAUAUUUGUCGAAUUUUGUGCUUUUGCAUGUAGUUGUU